AUGACUGAGUUUGAAACAACACUAUGCCGCUUGUGCGAGAAGAUCGAAACCAAAUACCGGCGGCGAAGCGCCGAGGUGGAACGCUUGAACCGAUGGAAACGGGAGGGAAGCACUCUCGUAGCGUCCAUGGACCGGUCACAGAAGCUCGUCAUGGAGCUCGAAAAAGAAAUUCGCCAACUGCAGCGGGAGCGUGACGAGAGAAGAAAGGCACUUUCAUGA